AGUGUUUUUAGAUCUGGGCAAAUACACGACGUUUGUACAUUCAAGCAACAAAUUCACAAAUUUUAGAUAUAUAUAUAUACAUAUAUAUACAUACGCAUAGAUAAACAAUGUUCAUGUAUUUAAUUCGCAUCAAAGAUUAAAGUCCGUGAGCCACACAACAAGUAUUUCUUGUUAUUCAUAAUAUUAUAUAAAUUGUUAAUAUAUACUCUCUAUUUUAUUCAUCGUGUAAACUACAAACUGUGUUACUAUGAAAUAAUGUCAUCGCAACAGCGUAAAUUCAUACGGAAACAAAACGUUUCAAACAACACUGCAUAUACUGUAAAUACAAACACGCAUCUAUUUUUGUAAUGCUCACAACAGUCGUAACAAUUGCAAUUAGUGUUGGCUAAAGCUACCAAAACAUCCAACAUACAAGAGACAGGUGGAAAUGGCUGCGAUAAAGAACAUCGCGCUGGGCAUUUUGUAUGGCCUGUGGGACAGCAUACGCGGUAUGACGCUGGUUCUGCAUAUAGACAAUGAAGUGGCCAGGCAGAAUGCAGAACUGGAGACAAUGCGCCAACUGCGCAGAAUGGACAGGGAACAAUAUAAACAGGCGCGACGUUCGCCUUCGCCAGUGCCCAGCUCGGCAGCGGCAUUGUCACGUCAGGAGUUGGAGAAACGGGCGGAAGCCAAUUCCGAUGAACGUACUUUGGAGAAGAUAUUCAAAAAGAAACCCGCAGAGGAACCAGAGCCUCAGGCCGAGAAGAAAAUAGCAAAGAAAUUAUUAAAAUGCUGUCUGCUUAAUGGCGGAUUCACCUGGCUAAGCAUUGUGCUGUUCGAGAAUGUGCUUCUACCCACUCUCAAAUUCUGCCUCACCAUCUUCUAUGGCGCGCAGUCGGAUACGCUACCUUUUGUCUGGAGCUGGCUGCAUCCCAUCCUGUCGCUGAUCUUUGGCAUGAUGUGGGUGCUGCCGAUAUUCAUGCUUUCGAAGAUUGUCAGUUCUCUAUGGUUUGCAGACAUUGCGAAUGCGGCGUAUCGCGUGCGCAAAGGACGCCCCCAAUUAAUACCCGGCAUAAGUAAAUUGGUGGCCGAUUUCCUCUUCAGCAUGGUGGUGCAAAUCUUGUUCCUUGUGCAGAGCAUGCUGGUGAAUUUGGUGCCAGUCAAAUAUGUUGGCUCUUCGUUAUGCUUUCUGCAUUUGUGCCUCCUCUACUCGCUGUAUUCCUUUGAGUACAAAUGGUUUAACAUGGGCUGGGAGUUGCACCGGCGUCUCACCUACAUCGAAAAGAAUUGGCCAUAUUUCUUUGGCUUUGGCAUACCGCUGACGGUGCUAACAAAUAUGUCUAGCUCUGUGAUUGUCAGCAGCUGCAUCUUCUCCAUCUUCUUUCCGCUCUUCAUACUGAGCGGCAAUGAGGCCAAGCCCAUUGUGGAUACGACUGAAAUUUCCCUCCGGCUCUUCUCGCCGGUGGUUUUCAUAUCAAAUCUGUGCUUUGGCGGCAAUCCGUGGAGCAAAACUAAUCGAAUGUUGCUUCAACAGCGCAAGCAACUGGAGCAACAGCGUCGCGAAGAGCUGCUGCUAAAGCAGAAGAAACACCAGCAUUUGCUACAGCAGCAGCGGAGUCACGAGACGCGGCGCGAACAUUCGCAUUCGCGUUCCCGCACACCGCAGCUCGGGCAGCCGCAUUAUCGUUACGCUCAGCCGCCUGCCUUUGAUGCAGCUCGAGUGCGUGACUCUUCGGCCUCGUCGACGCAUAGCUCGAGUGCUGCCACGCCAAAUAGCUAUAGGCCGCCUCCAUUCUUUGGCGGCAUGCACAGCAACGUGCCCCUCGUGCCCAUACCUGUUCCCGAUGCGCCCCGCACGCCUGUGGUUGUGCGCGAGGAGUCGGGUCCAGAUGACUGGAAUUUGUGAGAUUUUUAUGCAUAUAUGUACACACAGAAGAACACACAUACACUCACACACACAAACACAGAGAUAUAUACAUAUAGUUUGUUAAGCAUAGGCUUUAGCAUAUAUGUAUGUAUAUAAAUGUAUAUUCAUGUACUGCAAUCGAACUGUGUAUGUUAAAAUUAAAUUUAAGUUUAAGCAUAAUGACAAUGCACACUAGUCGUGGGUUGCCACAACUAGGAGCUAUGUAUCUAAUAUAGUGUAUGUACUCGUAUCUACUAGGGCGCCCAAUCCGCUGCUGCGUGAUUGACUGAGCAGGGUGUUAAGGGUAUUUUUUAUCUGACUGGGCAUUCAAACGUUUCAUAUUUAAAUGUAAUAAAAUUUUUUGUAAAUUCCAAAAUCUAAAA